ACCUGAAUUGACCCCCUAUAGACAAGACGUGUCUGUUGUUAACGCGACAUGCAUGUUUAAAACGGUUUUAAACCGUAGACUAGCAGUCCAAGUCGAGUUUACUGUUUUGAUUAUUUUCUUAUUUUAUGCCAACUCGUAGCAAUUGCUUAUUUAUAUUCAUUUCUAUUAUUGCUCUGAAACCAUGCCAAUUUUGCAAGUCGGGAUGUGCCCUUCGAUGACCAGUGAGGUUCUCAAAAGUUUGAAUAUGUGUGGAGUAAAAACUGUUAUUGAUUUUGUAACUACAGAUACAGAAGAGUUGUCCCAAAAAUGUUCCCUGUCCUACAAGGUCCUCUCAUCAAUCAGGAGAUUGCUCCUGGCCCAGUAUUCAGCCUUCCCCAUCAAUGGAAGUGAUCUGUAUGAUGAGGUUCUAUCAACAGUUGCAUAUCUAUCAACAGGUUGUGACAGCAUUGAUAAACUCCUGGACAGUGGAGUCUAUACCUCAGAGGUGACAGAGGUUGUUGGUCAAGCAGCCAUUGGCAAAACACAGUUCUGUCUUACCUUAGCAUCAUGUGUAGCUGUAUCAUCUGAACAGAAUGUUCUCUAUGUGGACACCAAUGGUGGGUUUGAUGCUGGUAGACUUCAUGAAAUUAUUGCUCAUAAAAGCACAAGUGAAAAGAUUACAGCAGCAGCAUUGCAAAAAGUACACUGUGCGAAGACCUUUGACCUGUAUGACCUCCUUGACCUUUUAGAGUCUAUCAAGGCAUCCAUAGACAGUGGGACUGAUGUAUUCUAUAGUUCAUUGAAGCUAGUGGUUUUGGAUUCUGUCACAGCCGUCUUAGCACCACUACUUGGGGGCAAGCACAGCGAAGGUCAGGGAAUGAUGGUACAUCUGGCAAGGUCAUUGAAGUCUCUUGCUGCUGAUUACUCCAUAGCUGUUGUGGUAUGUAAUAACAUGGUGAGAGGUGAGAGAGGUGAACCCAAACCGUCUUUAGGCAGGACCUGGUUGAGUGUACCUCACACACGUAUUCAACUGAGAGCAGAUGGUAGAGAUGGGAUCACCAGUCGGGAUGACCUCCGUAGAACAGCAUCUCUUGUCAAAUCUCAAAGACAGGCUAUUAACACAUCCUGUAAUAUAGCAAUUGGAAAUCAAGGGGUGUAUGGAUGAACGAAGACCACACAACUCACUGCCAUGUAAAGCCCAUGGCUGUGUAAGCAUAGAGGAUCCUGUUGUUCAGCCAUCUUUUAUCCUGCAACUGAACGGCCAUCAUUGCUGAUGGAUAGAGUCUAGCCAUUUUCAGAGACAAUCUGAAAUCAAGUGGUUUAUGGAUGAAUGAAUACCACAGAACCGGCUGUUCAGCCAUGAUUGAGCAUCAUAGCCAGUGAAAGAAAUCCAGCCUAUUCUCGUAGAGAAGCUGAGAACUAAUCUUGGUGGUAGAAUGUGGUGGUGGUUCAUUUUCGGUAGGGUGUAAGGUACCUGAGCGACCAGUCACAUCCAUUGGACCCUUUCUUUUCAGCCAUCUUUUAUCCUGCAAGUUAAUGGGCAUCAUAGGCUAUGAAAGGACUUGUGCGAUCAUCAGUGAGAGAAGAGAUUAUCUGCAAUUAAAUGAAGGGACUGAAUGGGACACUGAAAAGGAAUCUAAAUUUAAAAAAAUGCUGGUUUUCUUUUAAGGGUGCCCCUUAGCUAAAGAAAUGCACCAAAUUAUAUUGAUGAUGGUAGCUCACAAAUGUCACAGUUAUUGCCAUUGUGCCAAUCUUGAUGGGUAGUGGUGAUGUGUAAGUACCGUCAAUAACUCUGUAAAGCAAUUUUCUUGCAAUCUGUUAAAGUUUCAAAAACAGGGCAGUAUGAUUUUUACUGACAACUGUUAUAAGCUACUGAAAUCCUUACAUCAGAUUUGCUGAGAGCAAACUUGUCAUUAAACAUUACUAACAAAAGGAUUCAUGGAACACUCCCUAGGUCAACAUAUCAGUGUUCUUGAAUUAGACAUCAAUUGUCAUUCUGUAUAAGAUCAUUUGUCACUUUUCAUAUGUACUACCAAACAAAAAUUAGAUCAAGUUUUAUUAUUCUAAGAUAUACCAAUUGAGCCCCCUGAAAUUAGACAAAGAAAUUACACAAAUUAUUCAAUAUCACAUUUCUCCUUUGGUAACUUAAAUUCAAAUUUAUUUACAUAAUUUACAAUUUUCAUUUAUAAAAUGAAAGUACCAUAAUUAUCAAAUGUGACAGCAGAGAAGUACAGUUAUGGUUCCAUGUCAAUGCAUCAAGCAUUUUCUUUCCCAAGUUAAAUUGCUUGCAACAUGCAUUUUGUGUGCAGUCAUUAAUCCCUCCAAAUGUAUAUAUCAUUUAGGAGCUUUAAUACAUAAAAAGGCACAAGGACUGAGAGAAUGGUUGCAUUUCCAAUCCAGUCAUCUUUCCACCAAAAUUGUGUCUGGAACAAAGGAAAGAACAAAGCCAUGUAAACAAAGUGUGAACAGAGCAUGUGCUAAUACUCACAUGGAGUCUUGAGAAUUGUUGUCAAUUCAUUCUCCUGACCUGUGAGGGUUCUUUUGCAUUCGUUAGGCUCCUUAUAGUCAUUAAGAAUGAUUCUGUGUAAAUUCCAGUGAUUAACCUUUAAUGCGUAAAGCUGGUUGAAGGGUUUGCCUCUACUAUACACUACGAUGAUUAAAGAUUUUUUUAAAACUAAUACACGUCCAUAAAUGAUGAUACUUGUCAUGGCAUACAAUAAACUUUUGGCACAAA